AUGGAUCCCCCUGAGGGUGCUUGCCCGGGAGGCCCUCCCAUCAGCCGCACCCGGGGGCGCAGAAGAUCCGCCGGCAGCUCCGAGAGCCGGGAAGAGAUCGUUAAGGAGGUUGAGGUCCCACAGGCUACCCUGGGUGUCCCAGCCCAUGGGACGGCGGACAGCUGCCACUCGCCUGUGCUGGAAGAGGAGGUGGGCAUCCCUAUCCCCGCACCAGGGCUCCUGCAGGUCACGGAGAGGAGGCAGCCCCUGAGCAGCGUCUCCUCUCUGGAGGUCCACUUUGACCUCCUGGACCUCACUGAGCUGACCGACAUGUCCGAUCAGGAGCUGGCUGAGGUCUUUGCUGACUCAGAUGAUGAGAAUCUUACCAGUGAGUCCCCUGCAGGUCUACACCCACUACCGCGGGCCGGCUGCCUACGCUCCCCCUCCUGGACAAGGAUGAGGGCCGAGCAGAACCGUGAGAAGCAGUCCCUGGGUGACCCUGAGCGGCAGGCUGCAAUCCUGGACACAUUUCUCACAGUGGAGGGGCCUCAGGAGGACUAGGCCAUCUCCACCCAUCUGGGGGUGCUGCAGGCCCCAGCACAAUGGUAAAUCAGGGCAGUUCUGGCCCCACAGACAGACGUGGCCCUCUCCAAGAGGCUCUAGCCAUC